UUUGUUUGAUUUCAGACCUGGCGUGAAGGGCAUUGUAUCACAAGCAUCUAGGUUUUCAGAAUAUAAAAGAAGAUGCCGCCGUUAUCGCUGCUUCUGUUGGCGAUGACGUCAACAUAUUCUGUCUUUGCCCGGAGUCCCGAAGAACGGGAAUUCCUGCACAUGCACACUGCCAGCAGCGCUGCCGGCGGCGCAACUCGCCCACAGGACACAAGAUGGAAGCAACACCGGGCUGAUCCGAAUGUGUUCCAUACUUACCUGGUGGUGAACCAGAUGAAUGAGAGGUCCCGUCACAGGCGGGCUGUCAAGAGAAGCGGACAGUGGGUGGACAAAGUAGUUCCCUACGUGUUCUCGAAAGAAGUCAAUUCUAACCUGAGGAAGAUGUUUCGAGAAUUCAUGGAUUAUGCGGAGAACAACACGUGCCUCAGAUUCUGGGACAAGGGAAAUGCUUCCACGUCCCACGCGACAAGUCCCUACGGGCCACUGAAAACAAAGAACUUUGUUACCAUCGUUACCAGCCCGUCGUGUUAUUCUAUAGUGGGCGGAUCAAGCACUGGAACUAUGUCGCCAUGUCCAAGAAAGUUGGACUAUACUCACGAGUUCGGACAUCUGAUGGGAAAGGUCCAUGAUCUGGCUCUUCCUGAAAGAAACAAUUUCAUUGACCCGAACAUACAAAACGCUGGACCUUACUACUGGAGCACCCAGCAGGAGAUGCCGUUAGGUGACAUGGACAAUAUCAUGUCGUGUGGCUUCUCGGCGCAGUCAAUCAUGAUGUAUAAUCCAUAUCUGGUGACCAAGUACGGCUGGCCGACCUACACGUUCCUGUAUGACGACUUGGGCUCCCCGACUCUGGAUAGUAUGUUCAUGUACUUCAAGGAAAUCAACAUCAUCCAGGGCUGCUGUGGUGACACUGACUGUGUCAGUCGGGUCUGCGCCAACGAAGGGUACCAAGGGAUGGUGGACGGCAAGUGUCGGUGUGUCUGCCCCAGCGGAUUCGACACCGCUACCAACUGUGCCACCGUCCUCCCAACAGGGUGUGGGGGCGUGUUCGACCUGAGCUCCACCCAGCCAACUGUCUCGGUAACCACCCCGGGCUACCCUGGGAAAUAUGACGUCAACGUGGAGUGUAACUGGGCCUUCAAGGCGGCUGAGGGCUCGCAGGUUGUGCUGAUGUUCAGCAACGUUGACAUCGGCUGUGAUGCCACGCUCAGUCUUGGCAGAUACAUGUUCUCUGAUCCCCCGAUACCAAUUACCAAGAAUGGAAAGGUGAAGCCUUAUCUCUCCAUAAACAACAAGGCCUACGUCAGGUUUACUUCCGGCAAUACGUCUUGCAAUUGGAACGGUUUCAAUCUCACGGCCAAACUCGCACCUGCUAAUGAUUUGCCGUACGAUAUCGCGAGUAAAGGCGAGAGUUACCACGGGAAGAUGAACUACGCUAUGGGGUUCGAGAAAUGUCUGCCUUGGAGCAAGGGGUACCACCUGGUUAAAAACCUCUAUAACAUCACGGAUGGAACGGGUUUGGACUACUGUGAUUUUGAAGGAGAUUUCUGCCGCAACUGUGGACAGAAGCGAUCAAAGCCAUAUUGCAUGACGGGUGUAUUUGAACGUAACGUCACGUACAAGUAUUGUGACGUGGCGCAGGCCGUCCCUCCCUACGAUCUCCUAGAUGAUUGUUCCUCGUCUUUUGCUGUGGAUCCCGAAUGCCAGGACUAUGAAACACGGAGGGUUUGCUUCAAGUCGUGUCUAGACAAGGGGAAAAUACCGGACUACCCUGCAAAGGAAACACCAGCUAUUCGCGUCUCUUGUGGCGAGCCGGUCAUUUCAAAUGACGUCAUCAAGGCAUCCACUGACAGCGCCCCUUUACCGAGUCGGACAGAAGAUAACUCUAAAAUGCAAAAAUGGGAAUCUUGAGAGGAAGAUAAUGUGUCGGUCAGAUGGCACGUGGUCAAGCCUGGCCAAUUUUUGCUCAGGCUGUCCGGGGGGAUUCGAGAAGGUGAAGGACAACUGCUACAGCUGGUUACCUGACGCUAUAAAGGGGCAGGACGCCUUCUCUCGCUGUAACGCUCUGGUCCCAGGGUUCAGCGCGCCCGUGU